UCAUUUUGAAUCAGUUUCGCUACAAUCGAGGUAUAGUUUACUCGCUGCGAAGAAUCGCUGGUAUACUCCAUGUCGUCGAAAAUUAGAGCCAGCACUUUACAGGAAGAGAAAGAAGUGGUUGUAGAUCCGGAUAGUGGACGCCGAUACUAUAAAGGAAAAUUUCUCGGCAAAGGCGGCUUUGCUCGUUGCUACGAACUGACCGACGUGAAGACGAAGGAUGUGUUCGCCGGAAAGAUCGUGCCAAAGAGUCUUUUAGUCAAGCCACAUCAACGAGAGAAGAUGUCAAUGGAGAUAUCAAUUCAUCGCUCUCUAAAUCACCAGCAUGUAGUUGGAUUUCAUGGCUACUUUGAAGAUAGUGAGAACGUGUAUGUUUUACUGGAGAUCUGCAGACGCCGGGUAAUUUGUGCAUCACAAACUUUUUAA